ACAAAAAGAAAUUCUGCCUCGAAACGUUUAAAAGUCAUCUCUUCAUUCACGUACCUCAAGACUCAAAGCUUCCAGAUUCUUCUCCACCCUUCUUCUUCCUUCUUCAACCCCUCCUCUUAAAACCCUCUCCCCACUUCCCCUCUUCCCCUCAUUCCACUCUCUAAUUCCCUCUGUUUUCCUCUGUUUCCUCAUUAAUGGCUUCCGACCCAGUCGCUUCUGAGCUUUCUUCUGCCUUCGAAAGCCUGGUUUUCAUCAACAGAGACAUCUCUCCCAUCGCACCCCUUUUCUUGGGUUUCGCCUCCGUCAUCCGUUCAGCCGACCCUCAAUCCCCAAAUCCAGAAAUUCAAACAAUACCCACUUUGCCGAACCGAUUCAUCUUCUUUAAUCCCUUUCCCCCUCAAUUGAUGGUGAUCCAUGCCACUCCAAAGGAAGGCCAACCCCCUGCCUCUAAAGCCUCCAUCAAAGCCAUGCCCUCUCUCCCUGUCUCUGAACUUACUGAAUGUGUGAUUUGUUUAGAGGAGAUUGAAGCGGGUGACCUCGCCAAACAAAUGCCCUGUACCCAUAAAUUCCAUGGCGAUUGCAUUGAGAAGUGGCUGGAGU